AGAAUCACGCCUUCAAGAUAAUUUUGCUUUGCAUAACGCUGUGUAACUUGAUAUCUCAUACUAGUGUCUAUCAAGAACCCUCCUAAAACCCACCUAAAAUUUCCCCAAAACUCCAAAACGCAAUCCCUCCUCUUCUCUCCCAAAAAUCAAUGCAAUGCAAUUGGCAGUAACUCCAAAACCCAAUCCAACCAACAACACCUUUUCUAACCCGAACUUUUAUCCAAAUUUCACUUCCCCCAAAACCCAAUCCCUCAAAUUCUCCUCCUCCUCUUCAUCAUCUAACGUUCCCAUUAAUCUAUUCUACAGCUUCAGUCCCAGACGCCGUCGUUUGAGCCCUGUCAUAGCCCGAGCUGCUGCCAAGACUCCCGAUUACUACUCGGUUCUCAGCGUCAGUAAAAAUGCUUCCUUGCAAGACAUCAAAGCUGCCUAUCGCAAACUCGCCCGCAAGUAUCAUCCUGAUGUGAAUAAAAAGCCAGGUGCUGAAGAAAAGUUCAAAGAGAUUAGUGCUGCUUAUGAGGUGUUAUCAGAUGAUGAGAAAAGGUCUGCAUAUGAUCGCUUUGGUGAGGCAGGUUUACGUGGAGAUUUUGUUGGUUCCACUAGUGGUUCGCAAGGAGUGGAUCCUUUCGAAAUCUUUUCUGAAUAUUUUGGUGAGUCGAGCAGUUUCUUCGGAGGAAGUGGUGAACCAGGGGGUUUCAAUUUCAGUUUUAGAAGUAAGAGCCGUCAAGAUCUUGACAUUAGAUAUGACUUGUGUUUGAGUUUUGAGGAAUCAAUUUUUGGAAGUCAGCGAGAAAUUGAAGUACCUUCUUUAGAGACAUGCAAUGAUUGCAGUGGUACAGGUGCAAAAACCAGCAAUAGUAUAAAAAUAUGCAAUGCAUGUGGAGGUAGAGGUGGAGUGGCUAAAACUCAACAAACACCUUUCGGAAUAAUGUCUCAGGUGUCUACAUGUGCAAAAUGUGGGGGUGUUGGUAAGAUAAUCACAGACCAUUGUCGAACAUGUGGUGGCAAUGGUCGGAUACAGUCAAAAAGAAGAAUUAACAUAGUGAUUCCACCUGGUAUUGAUAAUGGAGCAACAAUGCAAGUUCAAGGAGAGGGAAAUAUUGACAACAAAAGGGGCAUAGCUGGUGACCUCUUCAUUGUUCUCCAUAUAGAAGAAAAGCACGGGAUUCAGAGGGACGGUCUCAAUUUGUACUCAAAAGUCAAAGUUGAUUUUACUGAAGCCAUUCUGGGUACUGUUGUCAAGGUCAGAACAGUGGAGGGUAUCAGAGAUCUUCACAUCCCUCCUGGAAUUCAGCCUGGGGAUACAAUAAAGAUGCGGUCCAUGGGAGUUCCGCAUAUAAAAAAGCCCUCUGUACGAGGCGAUCAUUGCUUCUCUGUAAAUAUUCAGAUCCCGAAAGAUAUCAGUGAUGCAGAACGCUCACUAGUUGAAGAGUUGGCUUUGCUGAGGCAAACAUCCAGGGACGGCAUUUCAUCCAGUGGUAAAUUUGCUCUCCCUUUGAUUCUCUUUGGUAAAUGA